UAAAAGAUAUCGAUAGAAACGUGCUUUGUCAUUCUACAAUCGUGCUUCAAGAAAUUGUGCGCUGAAAAUAUUGGAGAAAAUUAAUAAAAACGUGAUAACCAAACUCUUAACGUGCAGGUCGUAACAUUAAUUGUUGUAAAUUCCCUCUUCGCUUAAUCGCAGAUUCUUGGAAUUCGUUCCCAAAGAAUUGAAAUCAAAGACUUCUGGAGUAUUGAUAAUAAUCUGAGAGCCAUGAAAAUCUGGAGAGAUGCAGGACUUACUUACAUCCAUUAUUCCAACAUUGCUGCCCGAGUGGUACGCGAAGCCCUCCGAGCGGAACUACGCGCAGAUGCUGCUAAGAGAGACAUAAGCCAUGUGACGUUCACUCCUUGGGUCAACGGAAAGCCAAAGCCCCGCAAGAAGGAAGAAUCCAAGUCUUAGAUGCUCUUGUGGUCCAUAUUCAUUCGUAUAUGCCACCAUGGUUCUACAAAAAACCAAACUGCAAAGAUUCCAAUAAAUUGUGGAAGUUGGUUACA